UCGCCUUCAAGGUUGCGAAUGUGUUGUCAAAGCCUGAAUGCAUGUGGCCUCAUUGCUCAUCGUGGAAGCCCAGAGUGGUGGCAGCAGAUGUUGUGGGUCUGCUGAUGAACUUCCUUUGGUACAAGUGUCACGCAGAGGAAGAACAGAGCAUAAGCAGAAGAUCUGUGUAUCAGGAAGUCAAUAACUCAUAUGUGACAAUUAAAAAGCAGCAACAAGAUGUGUUAGGUUUCUUGGAAGCCAACAAAAUUGAAUUUGAGGAAAAGGAUAUCGCUGCCAACGAGGAGAAUCGGAAAUGGAUGCGCGAGAACGUCCCUGAGGACAGCCGGCCAGCGAGCGGGAACCCUCUGCCACCCCGGCUCUUCAACGACAGCCGCUACCUCGGGGACUACGAAGCUUUCUUUGAAGCUCGAGAGAACAAUGCGGUAUAUGCGUUUUUAGGCUUGACUGCACCACCUGGUUCAAAGGAAGCUGAAGCACUGGCAAAGCAGCAAGCGUGAACUUCAACUGCCUUAAAAGUUCUGUAAAGGGAAUUUCCACAGCUUUUUAUAAAGUAGUACAAUUGUCUCUGCUUUGAGAAACGUAGAUGUGAUUUCUAACAUUUGAUUGGUGCUUGCAGCAUUCACUGAACAUAAAACAAAUUUGAACACAAGAGGAAAAUGUGAACAUAAAGGUAAAGAGCUUGGAGUGUGUAAUUACAGAGUUGGAAGCAUAGGAAAUGAAAGCAAUUAGACAUGAGUAAUUUUUGUGUGGUUUAAACUGUCUUGGCAAUUUGUCCAUUUUGUGUAAACUUUGAGAAACUAUUUUAGUACUAAUAAUACAGAUGGGGUUAUACCUAGAGAUCCAGCUAUUUAAAAUACAGAAAAACAGCAUCUAAAACCUUAUCAGUUAUUAACUUUAGUGCCUGAGCUGCCUCAAAAAUGUUACUGAAUUCCAC